GCAACAUAUAACUGUCACGGAGAGCAAGCGCGACAGCAGCGUUUGGUUCUGCGAAAUAUAGCGCAGAUUUUGUGAUGUAAAGAGAGAAAAUAAUAUUUGUUGGCCAACAUGGCGAAUCCUAGGAAAUUCAGUGAGAAAAUUGCCCUCCACAAUCAAAAACAGGCAGAGGAAACCGCUGCCUUCGAGAAGAUUAUGCAAGAAGUGUCCGCCGCUACCAAUAAGCCGGAAGAGACAUGCCUGGCGGCGCAGUACGGGCAGAUGGGCGGGCGCUCCGGCGGCACCAGUCCUUCGCGAGCGCCCGGCCCGCGCGGCCGCACCGCCUCGUCGUCUGUGGGGCCCGGCCCCAUGAGGAAUAGACCUGCUGAGAGGAAGCAUGAUACCAGCCCGUACGGGAGCUCCGUUUAUUUGAGCCCCCCGCCCCAGGACAGCAGCUGGCGGCGCACCAACUCCGACUCGGCGCUGCACCAGACGUGCGAGCUGCAGCCGGGCGCCGCGCUGUCGCCGCACCACCCGCUGCACUCGCACGCGCACCCGCACACGCCGCAGCACCAGACGCACCGCCGAGCCGACAUUCACUUGGAAGCGCUAACGUCGAUGGGAGCGAACAGCAACAACCGGCCGCGGUCCUCGUGCGAAAUACCGCGAAUACCCAACAAUACGAAUUAUUUCCAAAGCGUGUACGAGGGCGGCGGCGGCGGCGGCGGUGGGCUGACGUGCGGCGAGCUGCAGAUGCCGGGCGGCUCGCUGCCCGACCUGACCUCCGUGCACUACCCCCCCCCGCACCCCGCCUACAGCCGGCCCUCGCCACAGUACCACCACCACCAGCAAAGCCCGUCGUCCCCGGGCGGCGUGUCCCCGCCGGGGGGCAGCGUGUCCCCCGCCACCGGGGGCCUGUCCCCCGCGUCAGGGUCCCCCGUCGGCGCGACCGUCCCCCCGCACGACCCCCACGGCAUGCGGCAUGACAACGGCACGGGGCUCUAUGAACAGAAACCAUCUUUUUAUUUAUUUCAGAGCCACUUAUCUGUACCAAACUCAAAUAAUUACCUUCACCAAAAUAAGAACAUGUCACCUUUAGAACACAGUUGGAUGUCGUCCAGUUAUCAACCGCCUUGUAGUCCCCCCUCUCAAUAUUCAUCCACAUCGAACAUAAAUAUACCUUCUCCAACGAUGGCGCAUAGUCCAGGGAGCCCCGUGGAGUCACCUCAGACGGACUACAGUCUGCAGUCCGCGCUAUUACAACCCUUCGAGUCAUUUACUAUGCAAGGAAUUCUGGACAACCCGACGACGAAUUACAACCAGCCGUACAUGAACCACGCCGCGCCGCACUCGCCGCAGCCCUCCAGCUCGCCGCACACGUAUCCUCAGUCGCCACACCGGUCGUCGCCGCUGCCGGCGGGGAGCCGCGACGCGUGCCGGGAGCGAACCCGGGACCCCGUGCCGGGCGGCCACCCCGCCUUCCCGCCGCUGCCCGUCUACAGCGCGCCCGACACGCCCAUCCCGGACAUCAUACUCACCGAUUACUCGAGCGAGCAGCUCCGCGCGGGGCUCGACCUGGACGACCUGUCUCUGCUGGACGAGCCGAGCGCCCUACUACCAGACUCGUCCGUCGAGCACGAGUUCCGCCUCGACCGCUUGUAGUACCCCCCCGCGCCGCGCCCCGCUCCCAAUACUACAAGGCAAUUCUAUCGUUUCAAGUCUGAGUUAGUGAAGGUAGGUCGUGUCUUAGAUUAGUUGUAACUUGCGGCCGGGAGGUGACUUGCGCCGAAACAUUCCCCCGACUUGAGGGCGGUCGGGCCCGCGGCCGGCGACAGUACCUGACACAGCGAGCGACGGGCCAGCCGCGAAGCCCUAUAAGCCAGUAUACAUUGUCCUUUUAAAAAAUUUACUCAUAUUUCUUAUUCGAGGUAUUAGGUACGUUAAUGGUUAGAUUUUUUAAAUUAAUCGUACGAUCUGUCGACGGUUUGUGUACAGCAUGAAUUAUAUUCUAUUUAGUAUUUGUGAAUAUCUACUCGAAUAUCCCGCGGGCCGCGCCGCGCGCGCGCUAGCUCUUUGUACAUAUACUUGAAAGUGUUCAAUUCGACGGAGGUUGCAUUUAAGAUGCUCUUGUUGCAUGCAUGCUAGAGUUAUACAAUAUAACACCAUUUUAUCAUUCGUCUUAGCAUAGUUAUUGUUGACUUACUUUUUUACCGGAGGCACCGUUCUCACUCUUUUUAUUAUAAAAGGCGGUUGUCAAUUGCUUCUGCGAUGGUCUAUUAGCGUCAUUAUCAAAAUAAUUGUUUUUUAUCUAAUCAAACAGACAGUUAAUAUUAAAAUUCAGCGCAUUUUUGAAUGCUCAUAGUUAAAAUUGUACAUAUAAGAGAGAGAGUCUGCUUACCCUGACCAUUGCAUUGCUGACUAUGACUAUGUUGCGUCUAACAUUACGUCAAAAUGACAACAGAAUGCUUUAUAUUCUGCAAAGCGAAGCGUUGAAUAUGUGCCAGAAAUGCAAGUUAAGGAUUUCAAAUAUUUUUUUUCUAUUGUAAUUAAUUAGAUGUCGAAUAGCACUGUAAAUAUGGGAAGGAAAUUUAUUGUUAUUAAAGUUUUAAAUAAGCUUUUGUCGCAAACAUAUCUAUUGUAUGUGUGUGUGGGUACGUUCGUGUGGUCAAUUCUGUGCACCCAUUCCCUCUUGAGUGUGUGUGACUACUGAGAAUAUGCACGUUUACUGCUAAAUGUAAAACUGAGACAGUGGGAUCAGUUAAGACUGUGUGUUCAAUGUCAAGUUAUACACUGUACGGGACAAAGGUAGGUCAAAAGUACAGGUUUUCAUCGUUUGCAUAAACUAUAUGAGUGUCAAUUUUCUUGCAUACAAAGUGGCGCCUCUUGCUAGAGAGUUUCUGCUGAAUGUUAACAUACUUUUGUACUGUUUGCACUACUAGUGCAACAGUCAAGUAACAUUUGUGAUCUUUAAAAAGUGUCACCAAAGAUCCACUAGCCACCAUUUAGGUACAUUUUUCUGUAUAAUUUCAUUCUUGAACAAUGCCAUAAUGACCAACUUAACUUUGCUGACCAUUUUCAUGAUAAGUCAAUUUAUUAAUAUGUUUCCGAAAUAAAUUUAGUUUCAGGGUACAAAAGAGUACCUACAGUUGAUUGAUCUCACUGUCUUAUUGACGGCGAAUAAAAGCAAGUUUUUUUAAUAUCCUUAGGUAUAGUAUCUGGAAAACUUUAAGUAGCUAUUAAGUUUGAAUAUUUCUAGUUUUAGGAUGGUCACUGUACGGAUAAUAUUAAUUUUAAAAAAAAUAUUAAUAUAAACAAAUUUUACUUCUUAAACUCAAUCUUUUGUUAAUAUUAUUGGUACAAUGACAAUUGAUAGGCACAUCCAUAUAUUUUGUUAUUGUAAAUGCUCAUUUUGUUACGUUUUAAGAGUCUAGUCAACAAAUUAUAUGUUUCAAAAUGACAUGGAACCUUGUCAAAUCUUUGUCAACGUCAACUGAUUUCCAUUCCAAUAAUAUUCUCUCUUCGGUAUUUGGACCUGUUCAUUUUUCGUAGUACUUUUAUAAGAAUGUUGUGAAUACAAGUCCCUCUUUACUGGCGUGUAUGAUAAUGACAAUUUUGUUCCUAAAUACCAAAAUAGACAUAAUUAUGAAUGGAAGCUAUUACUAGCAGUAAUAAAAUAUAGUGUUCGCAUUCAACAAAAGAUAUGAGUAUCCAUCCCCAGUCAAACAGUUUCACAUAGGUGAAAGAUGAGUUAAUGGAUACCGAAUCUAUAUUUAAGAAUUGGCCAUUGAAUAGUAAUAUCAAAGAGUUAGUGGGGAAUACCUGGGUACUUGUCUGUUUUGUUGUCCGUACACAGGCACGUGCGGCCUUUAGGUUAGCUGAUUCGCGAUUUGACAAGUUCUGCAAUAUUUACAGUUAUCAAUGUUCAAUCAAGUUGUUUGUGUUGUCUCUUCAAAUUAUAUAAAUCAGAAAGAUAUUGUGUACAAUGUACACAUUGAUAUUUUUAUGAAAUAUUAAAUCACUACGGUCAUUUUAACGAAUUCUGUACUAUGAUUGCGGUUUGUAUUAAUGCAUGACAAAUGAUUGUAUAAAUAGUUAUUGUAUGAUAAUUGUGAUAAAGGAAAAAGCACAACAUAAUUCAUAGUGAAGCCUAAUCUGAUGUUAAUGUAAGUUCUUUUUUCUUAAAAUUGUCAUAGUCUUUUCUAAAGUUAGGUACAUUAUGUACAUGUUAUUGUAAUAAGCUAGUUUCUGCCAAAUGCAGAGGAUGUUAAGGGCUAUAAGUCUGGGGUUACAUUCGAGUCUGGAUCAGGUGCAAUACGCGGUUGCAUGUGCGACUCACUACAAGUCGGCCAUUUUGUGAAUCCAACAUGGCGGACGAAUCGACGCCAUUUUCGAUCCACAGAAUCCGUUCUUAUACUUUAUGAUUUGACAUGUGAUUCAUAUAAAAUCAAAGAUUAAAAGAAUUAUUGGUAAUAAGUUUUUUAUUAUUAUAAUUUUAAAUUAGACGACAAAUUCUAUUCAACAGAAGCAAAUUUUAUAGAAAUAUUAAAAUUAUAAAUUUUGAUUGUUUUAUAUUUUAAAAAUCAGUACGGCUGGGCCAAUGUUAGAUGCCAUAUUAUGAUUGGCUAGUACCUACUCAAAAUUCUAAACUGUGUUGAAAUUUUGUACCUUUUGCAUUUCGGAGUUUAGGUUACGUAUAGUUUGGAUAGUUGAUGUGCAUAGUGCGUGCGAGCCGAACUGAGAACAGGCGUCAGAGACAAAUCUGGGCGGUCUACUCAAUAUACUAAGAGCUCUUACUAUUUGUCUUUCAUAUUACGACAUAAAUGUUUUUCUCAAAUAUGCACAAAGUUAUUGAAUUAUGCAGUAAGGUGUUUCAAGGGUUUGUUUUAUUUAAACCAAAUGUACAUAAUAAGUGUGAUAGAGAUGAAACAAAUUGUCUCGUUUAAAAAUAAAAUUGUUGUAAGUA